AUUUAUGAAACGGGAGGUCCAGCUUUGUGCUUUCCUCCGUUAAGGAGGUCGGUUGCCACCAGGCGCGUCACACAGCCCACUCAGCGCCGGGGUGACACCCAGUGGAGCCCCAGAGUCGAGCCGCAGCGCUGGACACUCAGUCUCCAGUGGAUAACCAGCUCCCCCCACUCUCCCUUCCUCUUCCUCUGUCAGUGCGCACCCGCCGUGCGUCCUGCAUGCGUCAAAGCAGCACCGUGCGUAACGGGAGAGUCGUGCGUAACUGGAGACAGGUUUCUCUCCAUUUUGCGCUCGAAUUCUGGGGACCACUUGUGUAGCCACUCACUUGCAUCGACGCGGACAGCUGGAACUCGCCCCGCAGCGCGUCUCCUCUCCCUCCCUCUCUUUUAUCUACGCCAGUUGUACGUCAGAGCUGACAUGACAACCGAGACCCCUCAGCAGCAGCUGGACCCUCCGCCUCCUCUGAGAUCCAGCCCGGCGUCCGGCGUCCUGCACUCCGCCAUGCUGAGCUCACAAGCCGCCACGGAAAGUUCGUCCACGAGCGUCAAAGGGAAGAAGACGAGCUCCGGUUUGAGGAGACCGGAAAAGCCGCCGUACUCCUACAUCGCGCUCAUCGUCAUGGCAAUCCAGAGCUCCCCCACCAAACGGCUGACUCUCAGUGAGAUCUACCAGUUCCUGCAGGCUCGCUUCCCGUUUUUCAGGGGUUCUUAUCAGGGCUGGAAGAACUCCGUGCGGCACAAUCUCUCCCUUAACGAGUGCUUCAUCAAGCUGCCCAAAGGGCUGGGGCGGCCCGGGAAGGGACACUACUGGACCAUCGACCCGGGCAGCGAGUUCAUGUUCGAGGAGGGCUCGUUUCGCCGCAGACCCAGAGGCUUCCGGAGAAAAUGUCAGGCUCUGAAGCCCAUGUACCGGAUGAUGAACGGAAUUGGCUUCGGGACGUCGAUCCUCCCGCAGACCUUUGACUUCCAGGCUCCGUCCGCCACCCUCGCGUGUCACAGCAACAGCUACAACCUGGACAUGAUGAGCAACUCCAUGGCAGGGGGAUACGACGGGCUCAGCGGUGGCCACCACGUCCCACACAUGUCCCCGAGCCCCGGAUCCACGUACAUGGCGAGCUGCCCCGUGCCCCCGAGCGGAGAGUACGGGCCGGACAGCAGCAGCAGCCCGGUACCGUCCUCCCCGGCCAUGGCCAGCGCGCUGGACGGACACUCUCCGUACGCCAGCACAUCCGCGCACUGGGCGUCCUCCAGCGGCUCCCCCUACAUUAAACAGCAGCAUCUGGCCUCCAGCACCCCGGCGUCCUCCGGAUUGCACUCCGGCAUGUCUCACUACUCCCUGGAGCAGAGUUACCUGCAUCAGAACGGCAGAGACAGCCAGUCCUCCGAGCUACCAGUGGGGAUUCCGCGCUACCAGAGCCACUCGUCGGUGUGUGACCGGAAGGAUUUUGUGUUGAACUUUAACGGGAUCUCGUCGUUCCACCCUUCUGCUGGGGGGUCCUACUACCACCACCACCACCACCACCACCACCACCCGCAGAGCGUGUGUCAGGACAUCAAACCGUGCGUGAUGUGAGCAGCGGAACUCCAUCACAUCGGAACAGUCACGUGGACAUCUUGGCCUUUUUAUUAUUAUAAUUAUUAUUUUUGUGUUAUUUUGUAAUUUUGAAGGAUUGUCACGCGCUUGCCUCUCACACCAAUGAAGGGCAUGAUUGAAGACCCCCCCCCCCCC